AUGCCUCUUCAACCGCGCAUGGACGACCACCUCAGCCUCCUGCAAUCACCCCCGCCGAGCGCGACCAAAACCCGGGGCGACAACCUGGUGAACCACGGAUACACCGAGACAGAAGCCGACGUGAUGACGGUUGUGGCGUGUGACAACAUGCUAGAAGAGUCGGCGGCUCUGCCGGGCCACCACUCUCUGGACAGAUAUGAACCGGAUCACGAAUGCUGCGAGAGGGUCGUCAUCAACAUCUCAGGGUUACGCUUCGAGACGCAGCUCAAGACCCUCUCCCAGUUUCCAGAGACUCUGCUGGGGGACCCCAAGAAGAGGAUGAGGUACUUUGAUCCUCUCAGGAACGAGUACUUUUUUGAUCGAAACAGACCCAGCUUUGAUGCCAUUUUGUAUUACUACCAGUCCGGCGGGCGCAUCAGAAGACCCGUAAAUGUGCCCAUUGACAUUUUCUCUGAGGAGAUCCGCUUCUAUGAGCUGGGUGAGGAGGCUAUGGAGAAGUUCAGGGAGGAUGAGGGCUUCAUAAAGGAGGAGGAGCGGCCGUUGCCAGAGAAUGAAUUUCAAAGACAGGUGUGGCUGCUUUUUGAAUACCCAGAGAGCUCGGGUCCCGCACGGGGCAUCGCGAUAGUGUCCGUCCUGGUCAUUCUCAUCUCCAUUGUCAUCUUCUGCUUAGAGACACUGCCGGAGUUCAGGGACGAGAACAGGGAUCCGAUCACCAUUGCACCUGUGAUUAAUGGCACACUCACAUAUUUCAUCAGCCCCUUCUCAGACCCGUUCUUUGUGGUGGAGACGUUAUGUAUCAUUUGGUUCUCCUUCGAGCUGCUGGUGCGCUUCUUUGCAUGCCCGAGUAAAGCAACGUUUUCCAAAAACAUCAUGAACAUUAUUGACAUUGUGGCCAUCAUCCCCUAUUUCAUCACCCUGGGCACAGAGCUGGCAGAGAGGCAGGGGAACGGACAGCAGGCCAUGUCGUUAGCCAUUCUGCGCGUAAUUAGGCUUGUUCGGGUAUUUCGCAUCUUCAAACUCUCGCGUCACUCCAAAGGGCUCCAGAUUUUAGGACAGACUCUGAAGGCCAGCAUGCGUGAGCUGGGCCUCCUUAUCUUCUUUUUGUUUAUCGGUGUCAUCCUCUUCUCCAGUGCUGUCUACUUUGCUGAGGCAGACGACCCAGAAUCGGGUUUCAACAGCAUUCCGGACGCAUUCUGGUGGGCUGUUGUCACCAUGACCACCGUAGGCUAUGGGGACAUGCACCCCGUGACAAUCGGGGGAAAAAUUGUGGGGUCUCUGUGCGCAAUCGCUGGUGUGCUGACUAUUGCCCUGCCUGUACCUGUCAUCGUCUCCAAUUUCAACUACUUCUACCACAGAGAGACGGAGGGCGAGGAGCAGGCACAGUACCUGCACGUGGGCAGCUGUCAGCCUCUAGCAGACACAGAGGAGCUGAGGAAGACUCGCUCCUCAUCCUCACUCAGCAAGAGCGAGUACAUGGUGAUAGAGGAGCACGGGAUCAACAGCGCAUUCAAACAGCAGCCCAACUUUCCCACCACGACGCAAAACAACUCGCAGAAUUGUGUGAACAUAAACAAAAAGAUUUUCACCGACGUGUAGCCACAUUUUUCGAGUCAUGGCCCUGAACACAGGAAGGAGGGGUGUGUGUAAACACACUUCUGUCGUUGCGCUCCAGCGUGUGCAAGCAGCGGUAGAUCAGAUGAAGAGAGAAAGGAAUAGAAAGAGAGAGCAAACCCUGUCCGUUCAGAGACGCUGCUUUGUGUUCCAUUCAAAGUAUCAGAAAUUUUAAUUUCGGUGAUCUGAGUUCAUAAUUGCUCUGUUUUCCUUUUGCGCUUGGAGAGAAAGAGCUCCGUAGACCUACUAUUCUUCUCUUGAGUGAGGGAAUUGACCUGUUGUGCAUUGUGCAAUAGCCAAUAUAUUAUCACAACAGGUAGUAAUAGAAGCUUUAUAAAUGUGAAAGAUGACAUAUAUGCUACUCGAAGAGCACUCACAUUGUAAUAACAUGCGUUAUGAGUCGUGAUUCGUCAGUCAUAGCCUAUGUAUAAUAUUCAGAAUCAUUUAAAUAUGUGUAUGUGGUUAAACACAUGUAAUGUCUGAAAAACACAGUUCUGCAUAUAUUAUCUCAGUUAGAGCGUUCUGUGAUAUGCCUUUAUUGUGCGUUAAAGUCUAGUCCAAAUGCUACUGUCUAUACAAAUAAGCCCCCUAUAACUCCCUGAUAUGAACUGUCCCAGUGGGCUAUUUAAUGCGUAAACGGCACCAUAUAAACACAGUGGCCCCGCCGGCUUGUCAGUGUGUCAUUAUCGGGGCGAGACGCACGUGAAAGCGGACAAAAACACGGUGUGUGCGCGCGCACACACAACGGUGAUCAAAGAUGGCGCGUGCUUCUCUUUGGAUGCCUCAAAUAUAGCCCGCUGUGAUGCAGUCGCCAUGGAGACGGUCGUUUCCUCGGUAACCCCAGUCACCGUUGCCAUGGCGCCCUUGUUUCUACAGUAACCUCCCAGAUGGCUUGGAAGCUAUAUUGAAGAUUUCCAUCAAAAUAGCUCAUCUCCAGUCUCUAAUAAGACUGUUUGGGGGAAAAACAAGCCCAGACAUGCCCAGAAUCCACCCAGUGACUUUAGUAUAGAAACAAAUUGGACUAAGAAGGUCUGUUUAUAAAUUGCCACCAUAAAACGCCCCACCCCAUCCCCACCAAACAUGAACCAGGUACAACUCAGACAGGUGACGAGCCAGGAGUUGCAGCGCGUGAGGAAUUAUGAAUGGGCUGGGAGCACAUUGUGUCUGGCUGUCCUGUGUGCACUACUGCUCGCGCUCAGCAGAGGCUGCUGUUCUCCCACUGAUGGAGCUGGUGAAAGUGGUUCUAUUUUUCUUCACAGACCUCCUGGAACCCCUGACGAUCCCAAUUAUACUGCCUCCCAUUAAGGGGCACAAUGACUCCGGUCUUCCUGUUUGGCCAGAUUGGCCGAAGUUAAGAGUUGAGACAGAAGUCCCAAUGGAUCAAUUUUUCUUCCCUAAUCCUCCUCCUCCUAACUGGUGUCCUCAAACGCGGACUAGGUGCCUACCAGUUCUCCCAGUCCAGUGGAUCACCACUCAAUUCAAAAUGCAACAAAAUGCAAUUGCAAGAAUGACAAAAAACGGACGCUUAAAAUAUUCCAUGUACAGUUUUGUAGCUGCAGUCUUAUGACUGCCUCUGUCCUGGAUAUAACACGCUGUGAGUGGAAGCAUUACAGGAUCAAAAGUGUUUCAGGCAGUGACAGAAUUCAGCCGGGACUGUUAUGAUUUCUCCAUACUGCUUUCUAUACAAAAUUCAAAAGGACACAUUCAGGAAACAGCCAGAAAUUUUGCAAAGCACAUUCAAUGCCUACACUUUACUUGGAUGUCUACAUUCUGUAGUCCUCUUUCUGGGUAAUGACAUUCAUUACGGACAAUAACUGACAAACAGCUUUUGCUUCGAGUCAAAAGUGGCAAAUAACUGAGGCCAAUUGUGAUUUGCUGAUAUGAAACUGUGAUACAAAUCAAAGACUGUUAGCCAUAUGCCUUUUGUUAGCUCUGUGUGCUCUGUAUUGCUAAUAUGUGAAACACACACCUACGUACCUGUGCUGGUUGCAGCUAUUCCCCUGACCUACACAUGGAGAACAAUACAGAGGCAUGCACACAAACACACACAUACACGUGCCUGUGAAUGGCUCUCUUUUAUCCCAGAGUGCUCUGGUGUGUCUUGAGAUGGGUCAGAAUAAUGUCAGGGGAAGGCUGCGUAUGCCAGUAUUUGUUCUGUGUUAUUCUGUGCUGUUUUAAACAUGACCCAUAUAAAGAGA